AUGUUGCGCAGGUUCUUGUUGAUAUAUGCAGCCACUGUUGCUACCUUUUUGAGCAACAGUGGCGCGUUUGGCCAGCUGGGCCUUCAGAAUGCCCUUCCCGCCUCGCUAGAUCGGGAUGUGACUCCGCCUCCGUUUCCGACAGUGAACGUACACUUGGAUGAGGCACCACCUUCGGACGAAAAGGAAACAGAUCUAGCUAGAGUCCUUCGAGACGAAAAUUCCUCCCAAAGGAGAAUGAGGGAUGCUUUUGUGGCAAGGAGGCGGGCAUUCCAAGCGCUGAUGAGCGAUCAACAAGAAUCUGUCCAGUUUUUGAGAGACUUAGCAGAAGCAUCGAAGCAGCUGGGCUGA